AAACGGAGGCCAUUAAUUUCAGAAAGAUUGGGGAGUGAGAGUAAGGUCAACGCGGCGGGUCCAGCUCUCCUCUCUCUCUCGAUCGAAAGGUGGAGGGGGCGUAGCGUGGGGUAGUAGUGGAGAAGCGAUGGAAUCGGUGGGCUCGCUCCCGGUGGCGAAGGUUCAGGCUCUGGCUGCGGCCUCCAAUGGCCUGAACGAGGUCCCUCCGAGGUAUCUCCGGCCCGAAGCCGAGGCGGAUCCCGUCGCCCGUGAUGGCGAUAGUCUCGAGAUCCCGGUCAUCGAUAUGAGUCGACUACUCCAAUCCGAGUCGUCCCGGGACGAGUCCACCAAGCUUAAUCUGGCCUGCGAACAGUGGGGCUUCUUUCAGUUGAUCAACCAUAACAUUCCUAAUGAACUGAUUGAGAGAAUGAAGGUUGUUAUUGAAGAGUUCUUCAAACUUCCUUUAGAGGUAAAGGAGCAAUUUGCUCAGCUGCCGGGCAGUCUUGAAGGUUAUGGUCAGUUAUUUGUCAUUUCUAAGGAUCAAAAACUAGAUUGGGCAGACAUACUUUACUUCAACACCCAACCACUUAACCAGAGAAACACGAGACUUUGGCCCACUCAACCACCCGCAUUCCGGGCUACACUGGAUGAGUACUCACAAGAGUUGAACAAGACAGCAGAUUGUCUAUUGGGUUUAAUAGCCAAGAACCUAGGACUUAAUUCAGAGAUCCUCACCGACAAGACUAAGGAAGGAAUACAAUCGGUCAGGAUAAACUACUACCCACCAUGCCUCCAAGCAGACAAGGUGUUGGGCUUCUCCCCACACUCUGAUGCUGAUCUUUUAACACUGGUCCUUCAAGUAAAUCAAGUUCAAGGGUUACAAAUCAAGAAUAAUGGAAAAUGGGUCCCUGUCAAGCCCCUUCCUGGUGCUUUCAUCGUUAAUGUUGGUGAUGUCUUUGAGAUAUUCAGUAAUGGAAGGUAUAAAAGCAUCGAGCAUAGGGCUGUUGUAAGCACAGAGAAAGAACGGCUUUCAGUUGCAGCAUUUCACAGCCCAAAUAUUGAUGCCAUGAUAGGUCCCCUUCCAGAGCUUGUAAGGGGAAGUGAGUUAAAUUAUAUGACAGUAGACCAUGAGAACUUUAUGAAGCUCUUCUUCUCUGCUAGACUUGAUGGGAAGAGCUUCUUGGAUCGCAUGAAGUUAAGAAAGUGAUCUUAAGUGAAUGAAGAAGUCUGUAUGACUGUUUUCUGAACUUGACAAUUGUUUCAUCGCAAGUGAAUUGCACUUCCUUAAGGCUGCUCUUUAAUAAAAACGAAUUCAGGUUUUACAUUAAUGAAUUCAGUGGACUUGGAAA